AUGGAGCUAGUGGUUGGUAUUGCUGCUGUACAAUUAGCUAAAGCAUUUGGUUUACGUGUUGUUGGUACAGCAUCAACUGAACAAGGUUUACAAGCUAUACGUGAUCAAGGUGCUGAUUUGGUUUUCAAUCAUAAACAAGAAGGAUAUUUAAAAGAAAUUGCUAAUGCUACAGCCAGUAGUGAAGGAAUUGAUUUAAUACUUGAAAUGUUAGCAAAUGUUAAUUUAAAUGCUGAUUUACAACUACUCAAAUCUGGUGUUGGACGAGUAGUUGUUAUUGGUAAUCGAGGUACAAUUGAUAUUAAUCCUCGACUUCUAAUGGCUAAAGAAACAAGUAUAUGUGGUGUUACUUUAUUUAGUUCAAGUGAAGAGGAAUUUCAAAUGAUUAAUGCUUAUUUACAACAUGGUCUUAAAUAUGGUUAUAUAAAACCAAAACUUGGUCGAAUUUAUCCAUUAGAAGAAGCAGCACAAGCUCAAACUGAUGUUAUUUCUAAUAGUGGUACAUAUGGAAGACUGACAUUAAGAAUUUAA